CCAAUCUUCUUAUCAAAACGUUAUCAUUAAUCACGUUGUGUGAGUAAACAAGCGUCGAGUUUCAAUUGUUUAGCGAUCGUCCGUUUGACAAUCAAAGCCGGUUCAAAAUAAUUAAAUUCAGGGAGGGGAAAAAAAGGACAAGAAAAAAAAAACUCAAAAUCCUCGACAAGACUCUGGAGGAUUUGUCAGGAGAGACAAUUUGUUGAAAAGAAAGGUUGAAGAAAAACAGUCAUGUUUGUCUCAAGAACUAUUCGCCCGCUCACUAUCAUCGGGCAAAGAGGAAUGCAAAGCGCUUCAGCUGAUGUGAAACCUAAACCUACAUUCCAAAAACGCGUUGAGGAAGAUGUUGACAGUAUUAUCAGAGUGGAUCACGCCGGCGAAUUCGGCGCAGACAGAAUUUAUGCAGGGCAAAUGGCAGUACUAGGCAACACUACUGCCGGACCGAUGAUCAAAAAGAUGUGGGAGCAAGAAAUCGUUCACAAAAAGACCUUUGAAGAGUUAAUAGUCAAACAUAGAGUGAGACCAACUGCACUACUCCCUUUGUGGGAUGCAAUGGGAUUUAUGCUAGGCGCAGGUUCCGCUUUGUUGGGUAAAAAAGGUGCAAUGGCUUGUACUGUAGCUGUGGAAUCGGUCAUCGUCGAUCAUUAUAACGAACAACUUCGCUAUCUACUAGAGAAGAACAGCAGUUCUGAUUCUAAGGAGGAAUUGCUUAAGGUAAUAACAAAAUUUCGUGAUGAAGAGCAAGAGCACCACAACAUCGGAAUUAAAUAUGGAGCUCUCGAAGCACCAUUUUACGAAGUACUUACGGCUGUUAUCAAAUUUGGAUGUAAAACUGCAAUCGAGAUAUCAAAGAAGAUUUAAAGUUUAAAUAUUUAUAGUUAAAGUUGUGAUAAUCAUCAAAUGGCAAAUACUUAUGCGUAUUGAAAAACAAAACAAAAAAACGAUGUUAGUUUGUGAAAAUUGACUAUAAUUGGUCCUAUCUUUCUCUGUAUGUUUUUUUUUGUAUGUUUUCAUU